CCUCGCCUCCGUCCUGCCAGCCCCCGACCCCCUCCGCCCAAACUCUCCCGUCCAAACCUCUCCGUUUUCCGCCGACGGCGGCAUUGGAGCUCAAGCCUGUAAGCGACGGCACUAUCGAGGCGCCUUGUAAUGGGGUGGGUGCCGUCCCUCACUCUGCGCUGCUCGUCCUUCGCGCACCCCGCGCAGCGCCACCACCGCGACCUCUCCGACUUCCCCCUCCGCUGCGCGCUCGAGCUGCUGCUGCCCCUCCCCGCGCCUGCCGAGCCUGCCGCCCAGGCCGCAGUGGCGUCUCUCGCCGCCGCGGUGGACCGGGUGACCUCGGCGGGUUACCACAUCAUCCGAGGGCCGCUCGGCGCGCUGCUGCAGCCCGCCUUCCUGGACGCGCACGUGCGCGCUGGCGGCGUGGAGUUCUGUCUGCUGAGCCUGGGUGCAGCUGCCUCUGCCCUUCCGCACGCUGACAGCAUCAGCAUCACGCCCUCAGGCCAGCUGCGCAUGGCAGUGAGCAGGGACACCUUCCAGCGCCUGGGGCUGCCAGGGAAGGCGUCAGUGGCAGCACCGGGCGAGCAGUACUUCAUCUGUGUUGACCUGUGUGCAGCAUCCUUUGUCCCGGGCAAGAAGCUGCACGACAAGGUGGUGGAGCGUGUGGGCAACCUCAUCCCGGCCUCGCUGGACUACCUCUGCCUCUUCACACGGGAUGGCGUCCCUCAGUCCAUUGAGUUCCCCCAACCAAUCACGGCCUGCCACGUGCCCUUCUCUGCCAUCCACCGAGCCCUCUCCCCUGCCUGCCUGCCGAAUGUCCUCAUCAUGAGUGAGAUUGCGGCGCCAUCAAGCGGUCUGAGAGGCGGCGAAAGAAACGAGGGACCAGAAGAGGCGAAGAGAAGGGGAGGAGGAGCGGUAGGAGGAGGAGGAGAGGGAGAAGCUAUGGAGUGCAGUGCUGCUACACCCAUUUCUUCAGACCGCACUUUCUCCAAAAAGACAGGGGAAGGAGAGAGCGGGGCAGGGGCGGGUGGAGUGGAGCAAGGAGUAGGGGAGGGGAGAGCGGGUGGUGGUGGCAUAGCAGCAGUGGCAUUGGAGAUGCAUGAAUGGAUAGGAGCAGCAUCAUGUGGCAUCACACGGCACAUGAACGAGUGUGCGCGCAGAAUGGGCUCAAUGCUGGGCCACACUGCUUGCUCGCUGGACCUAGCCUCACACGUGACAUCAGCAACACCACCGGUGACGUCAGCAGCUGCUGGUUCAGUACACUCCUUGCGAGUGUGUGGGCCAAUCAACAACUCACAGGUUCUAGUGCUCAUCAAUGCUGUCAGAUCCACUCUGGAGCAGCAGAGCGCAUCCUCUCCCUCCCUGCCCUGGGCUGUCGUCAACUGCUGGAGCUUCUCCUCUGCACCUGCUCAGAAGCGGGACGGACGGCGGCAGGAGUCGAGUGAGGCGGGCGAGUCACAGGCGUUCGUCAUCCUGCCCUCUGACGCCUACAUGCUCUUCUCCACCAGAUAGCGAUUGCUGCCUCGCAGGCCAUCUGCCCAGCGUGUUCCUACGGCCUCUUUCCGGACUCGCCCCUACUCAGGCACGUGAGCGACAGUACAGUGCAGUUCUGAUGCAAAUAGCUUCAAUGCGGUUCAGCGCAGCACAGUGAGUCUGGGGUUUGGUUGGCCUGGGAAGAGGCUGUAGGAACGGGCUCCAAGUAGCCCCACCUCAUGGCCUUCAGCGCAUUACAGGCCAUCUGCCCAGCACCGGUAACCGCACGACAUUGGUGCCAUGCGGUGCGGCGUGGUGCGGUGGGUGGGUGGAUUCCCAGUGCUGCUGCCUAGCAGAGGCAGGUGCUGUCCUCAUGUCAUGCUGAGGCAGCAACAGGCAGCAGGUGCACUUGCCAUCGCAACGGCUGCUAAGCAGUUCGCUCUGUUGCUUGUGCUAUGCUCCCUGGUAGUGCCAACUGUCCCCUUCACAGAAUGCUGUAACCAACCAACCAAUUGCAGGGUUCUUUCCAGAUUGAGCCUGCAUUUGCCACUGCAUGGCAAAUAUCCUUGGGGUUGUAAUGUAUGAAACAAUUGAAAAAUCCAACGUAGAG